GUUUUGUGGUUCAUUUCACUUUGUUGACUUGUAAUAUAAUUCACUCGCCGCUGAAAAUGUAGAUCUUGGCUAUUUUGGGUGGUCACCAAAAUACAUUAAUGUGCAAGAAGUAUUCAGCCAAUAUACAUUUGUAAAAAUGAGGUUCAAGAAAACAUUUCUUAUUUAAAAAAAAAUAUGUUUAUAAUAAGCUGAAGAAAAACAACUCAAUACUGCUAACAUUGGAGAUAUUUGGUUUCCAACCAUUCCGUUGCUGUAGCGUGUGGCCCGUUCUUUAUGUUUUAGGUCACGUUGCUUUUAUGUAGGCCAAAGUUCUAGUCCAUCAUGUCAUAUUUUGUGUCCUCACCAUGGUUUUGGGGACCUGCACAUUGGGUGCAUUAGGCUAUAGCCUACCAAAGUUGAAUUUAUUGAUAGAUGUAGGCCUAAAAACACACAAACUGAAAAGUUGCUGAGUUGCAGUCUCCACACACCCUUGUUGACCACUAAAACCAUCAAAAUAUAGGGCUUAACGUGUAUAAGCUACUCCCAUAGCUCCAGACAUAACCUGCACAUACAUUUAAUACCUUUUUUCACUAAAUGUUAUAAAUGUAGUGUUAUAAAUGUUAUACAUGUUAUACAUGUGGUAAUAUCCGCAGAGAGAUUUCAAUAAAUUGAAUUUCUAUAUUUCAGUCGGUGAGUAAUUUCAUCCAUGUCUCGGAGGUAUCAGGCUAUGCAUUUAACUUGUUAAGGCGUUUUCCUUGUGAAAGGCCCUGUUUGGAAUUCGUCAUCAUUAAGGGACAUCAGGAAUAUUUUCGUGAGAAUAGAAUUGUUGCCCGCUAUAGAGGGCCUCUCGUAGAGACCUCCAGUUGGCCCUCAUUUACCUCCCCGGGCAGUCAGUGAUUCCCGUCGACUGCAAAUUGCGCUGAUAAAUAUGUAGCUAUACCCGCACUAAGUUCUUUCAGCUUUACCUUAGGGCCAACGCACCUAUACGUGACACCCCUUAUUUAUUUAGAAUACUCUGUCCUUUUACACUGACACGUGCGCACAUGCUACAAGCAGCAAGCUCCCUUUACAUACAGAGAUUGCCUCGAGCGCUGAGGCGAGCGAACUGUGCAGCGCGGACGUUCUUUGGUUCUAGAUGGUCAUGGUGAGAACGCAGGUCAAACAGAAAGACGCUCUUCUCUCCAGCGGAAAUGAAAACUCCAGCCUGGGUUUUUGGAAGUGGGCCUUUCCUUGCGAAAAAGCGCACCGCUCUAUUAGUUUGGGUGUGAGAGGGGAAGGGAAGGGGGGAAAGUGUCAGUCAAGAACGCUUCAUUGCUCGAGGACAAUCCCUCGCGCAGGACCGGUCUGUUUCAAGAGCAAUCAGUCAAUCCGCAUUAAUUAUCCGCGCGCCCCCUCGGUAUAGGGUAGAUCGCGCUGGCACACGGACGAGAGAGAAAUGAGAAGAGAAAAUAAAAGAGUGUGUGUGCGUGUGCGUGUGUGUGUGUUAUGCUUUCUAUACACAUCGAGCAGGCGAGCACCCACCCAACCCCCCACCUUUUAAGUGAAAAAGAACCAAUACAAAUCAGGCAGUAAAGGGCUUUUUCUUGUCACUAAAUAAAUUAAAUGCAGAUUUCUGUUUUAAGUGCGGGACCCUUUUUGUGAAGCUAGGAACAUAAUUCUGUAUUGUCCCGUUGUCAUUAGUUUUAAAGACAACCGUGCUAGAGAAUGGAAUGGGAGCGUGAGGUUGGAAGGUGAUUUCUUCGGGGGAAAUCACAACGAUAUUAAUGAUUUUUUUUUAAUUGUAUCUGUAGAGGAAGGCGCCUCUGUUUAUCACUGAGCAUGCACCUCCUAACUCAAUGAAAGAAUGACAUUUAGGUUGAAUAGAAACUGCUGCCUAUAUAUCCGACAUUACAGUGGUUUUACGAAUGUAGUAUCUCACGGGCUUCGUCUGUUUUUAUCAGCCUAAUCGGCACUAUAUUUGGCACAUUUGGGGCGGCACAAGUUUGUCCUCGGAAUAUCGAUGAUCAGAUUUGGACCUUUCCCACUUGGCACAGACGUCAAUUCAACAUCUAUUCCACGUUGGUUCAACUUAAUUUAAUUGAAAAGACGUGGAAACAACGUUGAUUCAACCAGUGUGUGCCCAGUGGGUUUAGUCAAAGCGUAGAGAUCGUGUGUGUCUGUGGGGGAUGACGACGACUCCAACCCAUCGACAGGCCACUGGGGGUCAGGACCCAUGGAAUGCGGUGUGCAUAUGUAGGGUGCAGGGUGAGGGUGCAGGGUGAGCGAACGAUUCAGUUACGGAUUAUGCGCAAAAAUCUAUUAGUUUUUAUAUUAUUUUAUUUAUUAAUUAAUUUGUUGCAAUACAUAAAAUACUAAUUUCUAAGCUACAUUUAUUUGCAUUGCCGUUGUCCAGGACAGACAAUUUUGGAUGUUGUUUGAUACUGCUGGUCAGAUGUUGGGAUUGGGGUGUUUGUUGUGGUUUUACCAAAAGGAGAUUGAUUGAAUAAUGCAGAUAUCAAAAGUACAAAUCUAAUAUUUUUUUCUGUCUGUCUGCUCAUUAGAUCUACCCCAGAAAUGCAGAGAUAUCAGCUUUGUCUGGGAUUUUUAUGUUGUCUAAAUUAUGGUUUUGCAGUCAAUUAUAUCAUGAUUAUUUUAUGGGUACAUUACCUCUUUCUUUUUUUUAGCAGUUAGACCUAAGAACAUUUAUAACAUGUCAGUCAAAUGUCACCAGUGUUAUAACCUUGAGUAAUAAACUAUGAUAUUUUACAUACAUUUUCAUUACUAUUAUCAUUAGGCUAGUAUUAUUAACCUGUGUUUAAUCAGUUAAUUUAAUUAUGAAAUCCUUCACCAAUAAAGCAAUAUAGGACCGUUCUGAAUUACAAGAGAUUGGAUUUAGCCUAUUCUUAGAGAGAACAUGUUUCUAAAAAUGUUUCUCUGUCAUUAUUUUCCACCUUUAUUGAUAUAGACUAUUGUUUAUGUUUUCUUGUAGCAAACAAUGUAUGUAGCUAAUCCCAAUUCAUGGUAACAAGUAAACCAACACCCAUGUGAGGUGUCCUUGAACAGUUAUGGUAAUAAUCCAAUUUGCGAUUGUAAUUUAUUUAAAAACGGAAAUAUCCACUUACUUUAGCAUGGUUACUGAAUAGCUGCAAUAAAAACGUACACGAACGUUUUAGAAACACGGAUGUAUUGGACACGAGUCCAACGUUUUCUACCACAUAAUCACUCUCGCGCUCCAUCUCCGCGUGUUUCUUGGAAAAACAGCAUUUUCAUUUCCAAUAAGAGCUAAAUAGUUGUUUCCUGUCAUAGAAGCCAUUUUACCUUCCAUUUUCUCUAUGUAACGUUGUUAUUCCAUCGCAUUAAUCCGCAAUUCUAGCCUCUACGUUUAAUACAACAUGUAAUUUCCCCCUUUUUAACGUAUUCCCUUUGAUUUAGUCACUCUUGACACCACUUUUGCUCUGGGGCCAACGGGGUUCGCCGUGGGGGCGCCUUGAAACAGCCACUCCUUAUCUCCUUUCAUCAUUCAACCCGGGGCCGCCUUGAAACCGCAGGGCCAGUAAUUGCUUUUUUCAGUCAGCCCAGUGCGGACUGGCCAGCAGCCAAUCAGAGCCUUGUUUACACUUUGUGAUUGACAGCUCUCUGGCAACAUGCCAACCAAUCAGACACUUUACACAGACCGAAGGCUGGAGUUUUAACCCUUUACUUCCAGUUAAAACAAACUUGGAAUAUUAGCUUAUAGCUCAUGAUUUUUAGCAUGGAAAUAUGCAAGGCCAUAUCCUUCCUUCUUUAAUUAAAAACAUUUGUGAACUAUAAGCAAAACUAACCCGAGGACAGUACAAUUACAUUGUGAUUCGAUUUCCCUAAGUGUGUGUGCGUGUGUGUCAUGACAGUAAACAUAAACAGACACCAACGUUUUUACUUCCCCAGUAAUUUAGUCUAUUAGAAUCAAAUUUGACUUCCUCCUGCAUUUCUAUUGUUCUUUAGUUGUCUUUUAAGCUACUAUUUGGCCUAUAUUUAGCUUAUUUUACAAAUACAUAUUUGUAGGCAAUUCAUAAUAAAUGGGAUACUCAGGUGUAAGCCAUUUUAUUAUACGUGUUUAUUAAGGUUAUUAAGCAAGUUAUAGGCCUAAAUAAAUUAAAUUGGCCUGAUUAAACUGGUAAUUGAAAACGUUUGCCUAUUUCUGGUGACAUAAGUAAGGUCUAAGUGUGAAGCUUUGAAAAAAAAAACGUUAUUGUAAAAUAAUACAAAUAAAAACUGGGGCGGCAGGUAGCCUAGUGGUUAGAGCAUUGGGCCAGAAACCAAAAAGGUUGCUAGGUUGAAUCCCCGAGCUGACGAGGUAAAAUUCUGUCGUUCUGCCCAUGAACAAGACAGUUAACCCACUGUUCCUAGGCCGUCAUUGUAAAUAAGAAUUUGUCCUUAACUGACUUGCCUAGUUAAAUUAUCCAAAAGAAAAUAAUUGUUUUAACGUAGUUUGGUGAUUGACGUGUAGUUCAUGUGAUCACAAAAUAUUCUGUGGACUUUCUAGUGAUCAAAAGUCCUGUAUUUUCUGCUGUUCACUUACAGAGCUGUGCUGUGUUUUGAUGAUAUCUCCUGGCAUUUGCAUGCUACGCUCUGGAAAGGGCUAUGCUCUGGCAAGGGCUUAAAUCAAACGCCCGCCGUUUUGGUUUAGGAAUCCAGCAGCAUUCCUAUUGGUUCAGGGCAUCUUCCAAUCAGAGUUUCUGUUUAUCGCGGGGCGCGCCUCACGGACACGCUUCUCAUUGUAUUUAUCAAACCAAUGGGAGAGCGCGUUCCCCUACUGUCCCUCCUUCGCUCGUAGUUGAGUGGCACUAGCGGAUACAGUGGGAGAGUUUCUGUGUGGAUGUACGAGCUUAGAUUCACUAGAAGCCUGUACUUCUACGAUGCAUCUCUAUGCCUCAACUGCACACUACAAUCUGCAGACUAGGAUGUAACUAUUUCCACAUGUUUUCCUUUUUGUACGCCGCUUUUUUUCCUUUGUAUAUUUUUGUACAAUUUUUUUUAAUCAUUAAUUGUUAUGCAAGGAAUAACUUACCAAACAUGACCGGGACAUACUUUUUGGUGGGCAAGGCAAAUACUCGAAUGAGUUCAAGACGACCUAUCCGAAGUUCAUAAAAGGGAUUAUUGCAUCUAGGCAGCGUUCGAUGCUUCUGGCUUUUCCUCUGGAUUUGGGAUUUAUUGCUUCUCGACAGAAUGGAAAGCCGGGAUUUCGCUCCUCCACACCACCUCUUGACAGAGCGGGGCGCGUUGGUUCACCACGCCUCCUCUCGGAUAGCUUCUGGCGGCCGAGGCACCGUGCAGCACCCCGCUCACUUCCAGCCUGGAAAAUACUAUUCUUCUCACAUCGCCAUGGCCCCGCAUUCAGGUGCGUCGUUCAUGGGCUCGUUUCUGGCCAGCAGUUUGGGCUCUCCCCCGUCUCACCCUGCCUCCCCUUCCUCCCCCUCCUACAGGGGAGGACCUCACUCCAGUGCCUCCCCCAUCUGGUUCCCCCACUCACAUGAAGGGUAUCCCCGGUAUUCAGGAGGUCUGACUUCCCCCUUUCUUCCCAUGAGCCCCUUGGAUCACCAUAGCAACAGCAGCGUUCUCUACGGACAGCACCGCUUCUACGACACUCAGAAAGAUCAUUUCUACUUGCGAAGCCUGCCGUCCCAGCCCCCUCUUCUCUCAACCAAUCACAGCCUUCCGCCACUGUCUAGGACUGCCCCCGGACAUCCUCUGGGGUCCUGCAGCAGAGAAACAGACUCUGGGGGAGGAGGAGGUGGAGGGGGUCUCCAAAAGAGCUCCAAGGAACUGGGGAUGGUGGAAAAGAGUGUGUCGAAAGAGAGAUCCAGCAGCAAAGAGAGACACCAGGAGAGCAAAGAGAGACAUCAUCAUCACCACCAUCAACAUCAGCCUCAUCCGUUCUCUCAACCCCACUCCCUCCCCACUCACAUGGGUGAGGAGGACCACAGACACAAAACCCCCAACCUGCCCACGGAAUACAGGGAUGACCCCGCAAACCAGGGCUCCAAACACAACUGUGUUCAACUUAGUAAACUAUCCAAUGGAGACUCUGUGUCCAAGGACGGGUCCCUGAACAGCUGUGGGAGUGGAGGGGGUAGCAGACCCCAGGGGAGUGGUAGUGGGGGGGUGAGGCGAUGCUCCAAUGAAGGGGGGGUGAGCGGGGAGAUGAGGAUAAGCGAAACUCUCCCCUCCUCCUCGUCAGACUGUCUGCGUCGAGCAGCCAUGAUGGGACCCCACAACCCCAAUGCCUUGGCUUCUUACUCCAUGCCCCCGCCCCCUCCUCCACCCCUACACAUGGGCCCUGCUGUGGGAGGGGGCUGGCUGCACCACCCUCAUCACCCCCAUCACCCUCACCCUGAGUUCUACUGCCCCCCUGCCCCCGCCCCACUCACCCUCACCCCUCCUAAAGACGGAGUAUCCGGGAGGGAGGUAAAAGUCUCUGGCCCAACGUACAUCCCCUCAGUCGGGCCUUUAGGGGACAUGGGGUCCCCUGACUCCCGUGGUGCUGGAGGAGGAGGAGGAGAUAAGGAUGGAAAAGGGGCAGAGAACAGCGGAGGAGGAAGAGGAGAAUCUAGUGAAAGUCUUCCUUCUCCUCUUCAUCCUCAUCCUGAUCGUCCUCAGUCUAGUAGCUGCCAGAGGAAGCCGUUGUCCCAGACUCAGCAGCCACAGCAGCAGCUGGGCUACUGCAAGGCAGACAAGCCCCCGGGCUGGAACCAGAACCACAACUACAACCAACACCACAGCCAGAACACCCAGCCCAACUCCCAGCCUCAGCCCCAUAACCCUAACCGCCAGUCUGGGCCUCGCUCUUGCAGCCUAGAGGCCUCUUCCUCCAGGGGAGACCUGGAGGUCCUAGAGGUCUACCGGGCCUCCCUGCCUCUGGAAGCCCAGAGUGCUCACCCCAGGGCUGGGCACCAAGAGACCAAGACUGGGCCCUACGCCAGCACCCCACCCUUCCGGGACUGUUCACACUCAGGUCCUCCUGAUGGAAAGGGGGGGUUGGGGGGGAGUGGAGGUGCCCAGAGAGAGGGACAGAAGGUUGCUAGGAUACUGCACCAGCGGCACAGUAGUCAUGGAAGCUGGUCGGGUUCUGAUGGAUCAGGGACUGAGAGGGGGAGAGAGGGGGGGAAGCAGAAUCAGAAUCAGAAGAGUGAGGGUGUUGUCAUGGGGUACGGGGGUCAAACUCCCCCCACGAUGCACCCCUGGGGGAUACCGAGGGGUCCCCAAGAGGGCGAGAGGAGGAUCUCCCCAUACACAGAGUCCUACCCAGAUAACAAGACUCAAAACCACCACGAUCAACAGCACUGUAAGACAGCACCUCAUCCAUCUCACCCUCACCCCUCCUCCCGCUCCUCCCCCCACCCAGAAGGAGAGAGCAGCGCCAUGAAGAACCUGAUGAACUACAGUUCCCAGCAGCCUUUGCUGCUCUCCCAGAGGAGUCUCUUCGGGGGGUUGGGCUGCCUGAAGCAGGGGGGCGAGAGGGGCGAGAAGGGGGGUAGAUCCAGCACCCCUCAGGACCACCCCAAACAGCCCCUACCCCCCAGGAGAGGGUCCACCAGCGAGGGGGAAAGGAUGGACGGAGGGGGGAGAGGUAGAAGGGAGGUGGGGGAGACACACGGGGAGGGGGAGGUACGACAGCCCCCUGUGGGUAUAGCUGUGGCAGUCGCCCGGCAGAGAGAGCCCCCCCAACACCCCUCAGACACCCCCCCAGGACACAGCCGACAGGGCAGGGUUCUGCCCAGUGUCAAAGGUGUGUCUCGGUCUGUCUACCCGCUGGGCCGGGAGGCAGAAGAGAGGAAGAGGAUGACUGAGGAGCGGCUGAGCCUUCAUCCCCUCGACCGAGAACUCCUCAUCAGGGAAAACCAGGAGAGAGGGGAGUUUGCCAGGAUCCACCCAUCCAGCAGUUGCCAUGGUGACCUGACCUCUCACCUUCUGGUGCCUGGCGGGGCCAGCCAAUUAGGUGGAGACCCUUCUGCUCACGCCCACCACCAUUGGAUGCAGCGGACUGGAAGUCCCUCCCUAUGGAUGGGCCAUUCAUAUGGUCUGAGCCAUGCUGCGCUGCACCAGAGUAUGGGCCCAGGGUUCGGUCCUGGCCUGCCCAGCCCCCUCCAGCCUGUCCUGCCUCUGUCCCAGGACCCCUCUGGCUCCCUGGUGGUCCUGCCCUCUGAGCCUGCACACCACCACCUGGAUGUGAUGGACCAGUCAGCUCUGUGGCCCUCGGUCUAUGGAGCCCGAGGCCCGUCCCCCCACAUGCAGCAUCACGCUGUUUACUCCCGUUCUCCGUUCCUACGACAACAGGAGCUCUAUGCCCUGCAGCACCACCACCAACAACAACAACACAGGGCCAUGGAGCACAUGCACCGACAACACACACUCUCACAGAGGAAGGCAGAGGAAACCACUAUCACCAUUGAUGACCGUCCUCUCCACGAGACCUCGAGAACCUCCCGUGCUGCUAAGCUCUUCUCCCACACCCCUCCUUCCAAGACUACCCCUCCCUCACAGGGGGUGUGUCCUAGCAGCCACCAAUCACCCUGCUGUCACUCCCCUUCCAGGAGACCACACCCCCAGAACCUUCUAAACCCCGCCCCCAGCCCUGCGGCUGCAGCCCCGAGAUCCCCAGCUCUAAGCCCCGCCCCCUCACACCUGUCAAAAGUAGUGGAGAGAGGGGAAAGAGGAGAGGGGCAGCCGCCUCAGGAUUACCCACAAUCCUUUGAGCCAGAUCUUCCACCAGGUUACACCUAUCCAGAAAUCGGCAUGCGUUACAAGGCUGGUCCUUCCCCAGAGGAGGCCCGAUUUGCUGAACAUGCUGAUCUGGAGGUGGAGCCAGCUGAACCCUGCCCUAAGCUCCGCCCACACACCACAAGGAUUGUGGAGAAUGAGGAUGCGGAAAAAGAGAAGAAGGAGAACAGCUGCACAGUUGUAGAAUCUAGUGGAGUUGUAGAAAGGGAACGAGAAGGAGCAGAGGUGGAUGGGCAAUCAGUAUCUGAGCCCCCACUAUUUGGAGUGAAGACCCCUGAAAUGGUGCCUUGUCCUGCCCAAGUUUCAAACUCAUCCUCAACCCCAUCCCCAGACUCAGUUCCAGCUCCAGCCCCAGUCUCUGCUUCUGAGGAUGCCCAGAAAGGAGAGGUCUUUGUGGGCAGCCUGGCUCAGCCAGCUGGCUUGAGAGACUCACAACCAGCAGAGAAGAAGAAAGAGGAGGAGAAGGAGGAAAGUUCAGUAGAGUUGAAAGAUAACCACAUACCAGAUUGUACUGUUUCCCUGGAACUAACUAUACAUGGGGAGAAGGAGGAGAGAGAGAAGUGUAAGGAGGAGAAGGUAGAGAAGGAUGAGAGAGAGAAGAGUAAGGAGGAGGAGGUAGAGGAGGAGGAGAGAGAGAAGAGUAAGGAGGAGGAGGUAGAGGAGAAGGAGGAGAGAGAGAAGGGUAAGGAGGUAGAGGAGAAGGAGGAGAGAGAGAAGAGGGAGGAGGUAGAGGAGAAUGAGGAGAGAGAGAAGAGUAAGGAGGAGGAGGUAGAGGAGAAGGAGGAGAGAGAGAAGGGUAAGAAGGAGGAGAACGUAGAGGAGAAGGAAGGGGGUAGAAGGAGUCAGAGUGAAGCCUCUGUGGAGUUACUAAGCAGCCCCCAGAAUUCUCCAGCCCCAACCCCAACCCCAACCCCAACCCCAGCCCCAACCCCAGCCCCAACCCCAACCCCAACCCCAACCCCAACCCCAGCCCCAACCCAAGCCCCAACCCCAACCCCAACCCCAACCCCAACCCCAACCCCAGCCCCAACCCCAACCCAAGCCCCAACCCAAGCCCCAACCCCAACCCCAGCCCCAACCCAAGCCCCAACCCCAGCCCCAACCCAAGCCCCAACCCCAACUCCAGCACCGUCCUCUACCCUCAGUGAUGAUCCCUGCAUCUGGAGUCUGGAGCUUCUCAUCGCUGCGGCGCUGUGUGCCACUCGGGAUGACCGCUACCCCGCUAUGCUCCCCUCCACCACACCGCUGCCUGCCCCACGCCCACUCCCACACCGAGGCAUGGAGAUACUGGGAGAGUUGGCUGAGCUGGGGAUACUGCAGAGGAACAGGGAGAAGGAGAGAGAGACAGGAGGAGAGGACGUUUUGACCUUUGAUCUUAGUAGCCUGGCGACCCUGGCUGCGGCUCGCAGUCUGGAGCUUGGGGGAGGAGCUCCAGGGAGGGGGGAGGGGAAACACUGUCCCAUCAAGAGGACCUUCAACCUGCGGCGGAAAUGCAGCUGGACGCCUCGCCACGAGCCGGUGUGUCCGGUGAAGGGUGUCAUGGAGACGGUGGAUGGGGCGGAGCUAGCGAUACGAGUCCAGCUAGCGGAGAUCCAGAGACGUUACAAAGAGAAACAGAGAGAACUGACAAAGCUGCAGAGAAAACAUGACCGCCAGAAAGCAGAGACCUCUCACAGCCCUGCUCGCAGAGGGCCCGGUCGCCCCCGGAAACGCAAGUCUACCUCCGGUCCCAGCGCCUCAGACGGCCCCAAGAGACUCAGGGUGGAGGAUUAUGAAGCAGAAGGGGGUGGAGAGAAGCGGAGGAAGACGAUGACUAAUCAUGGCUUCCUCACGAGGAGGAGAGGUCGUCCCAGCCUGAGCUCCCGACUAGCACGGAGGGUGACCCAGCUGAAGCAGAAGGUUGUGGCCCAGAGAGGUGCACCGUCAGGGGGCAUGCACCGCCGCAGACGGGACCCUAGACCUGGAUCCCAUGCAAACUGCAGAGAGAGUGACACAGCAGCCGAUACAUCCAGUAACCAGCAGGACUGGGUGCCCAAUCAGAGGGUGAGGAGAAAGAGAGGUCGGCCAAGGGUCAAACUGGGCGGACCUUCGACCAGAGUCCUCCUCGGAGGAGGUGUGGCCUCUGUGAAGCAGGAAAUUAACGAGGGGAAGAGCAACAGCGAGAGCUCAGGCCAGGAGGAGGAAGAGGAGAGGCGCUAUGACAGCGACGAAGGAAUCAAUGACGUAAAUACAACGAUACCAUUCUCCAAAGACACGCCAACAAACUCUGCUGCGACUGGCCCAGCCGCUAAGCUUCAAGCCAAUCAGAAAGCCAGGAGCAAGGAGGAGAGGCAAGGUGAUGAUGUGAGCAUGCCCAGUGUGGCACUGAGGAGGAGAGGAGCCCCCUGCAGGCCGGGCCCUGCUACUGCAGAUGGGAGAUGCUCAGAGCUCCAGGAGCCACAAGGGGCUAGGAGAGAACCUGUACCCAGCUGGAGAGUCUCGUUAGUGGGCAACAGCCUCCAGGACAGCAGGGGGGUCCAGGGACCAGUGGCAGAGGCCAAGAGGAAGAUCUCGGGACAACAAAGCUAUCUGGGAAAGAGGAGAGGCUGCUGGCUGGAGACUGAGACCCAGAGAGAGGACACCACCAGGGGCAGGAGGAGCAGGAAGAAGCAGGCUAAGGGGCGUGCAGUGAGCCGGCUUCUGGAGAGCUUUGCGGCUGAUGAAGGAUUCCGAUUGGACGAGGAGAGCAGCUUCUCUGAGGGGGAGGAGGAAGACAUGGAGCAUACACCUCACACACACAGAGAACCAGCACUGCUUAACUGUGUGCUGAGCAGGGAGAUGCUGGUGGAUGGUCUGAAGGUGUUGAUAUCUAAGGAGGAUGAGCUGCUGUAUGCUGCCCGACUACACACUCUGGAGCUGCCUGACAUAUUCCGUGUAGUGAUCGAGGGGGAGAGAGGGAACAGGCCUAGGAUCUACUCUCUAGAACAGAUAUUACAAGAAGCGGUGUUGGACGUGCGGCCACAGACAGAGGCCAUCCUGACUGCUGGGACACGUGUGUGUGCCUACUGGAGCGAACGCUCCCGCUGUCUCUACCCUGGAAACGUCCACAGAGGAGUUCCGGGCGAGGAGGAAAAGGGCAGUGUGAUGGUGGAGUUUGAUGAUGGAGACAGAGGAAGGAUCUCCCUGCCCAACAUACGCCUGCUGCCCCGUGGGUACCAGAUACACUGUGCGGAGCCGUCUCCAGCCCUGCUCUCUACUGGACGUUGUGGUCGCAGAAGCUCCACCCAGGACAGUAGAGACAAGCCCACAGAGAGACCAAACAAUGAAGAGGCAGAAGGAAGGAGCCAGGAGAGGAGACCAGUUGGACGACCAAAAAAGGUCAAGCCAGAGGCCAAUAGUUCAGCCACGACAUCGUCAGAGAGAGUAACCGGGGGCAACACUUCCUCGAUAAGCUGGCCAGCGAAGAGACUUCCAGCGGACUUCUUCCUGUUUAACGGGACGUCCCGUAAAACCCACCGAGUGGGUCACCAGCGAGACUUGGGGGUGUUCCACCGCCCGGCCACAGACCCCCUCACCCCUCCCACACCCCUCAAGGGCAUCUUUAGUUCCCCCUUUGAGGUUGACUCUUUCAGUAGCAUCGCCAACGGUUACGCUGGAGCCUUCAGAAGCGGAACCCACCGGCCUGUUACCACAGUAACGCUAAGUGACUCUGUCGCCAUGACAACGGCACCCUCCAACAGGAAGUCAAGUGACAGGUACAGAAAACAGUUCCUGGUGAAGCUGGACCAUGAGGGCGUGACCUCGCCCAAAACAAAGAAUGGGAAAGCUCUGCUGCGUUUGGGGUGCGGCAGGGGGCACAAGGGUCCAUCUGCAGGGGCGGAGGGGGCACCUCUCAGGUACAUCCACCCUGCCCUGGUGGUGAAGGAGGGGGCACCUCUCAGGUACAUCCACCCUGCCCUGGUGGUGAAAGACAGAAAUAAAGGAGAAAGAAGAGGAGAGAGUGGAAUGUCCAAGUCUGAGCUGCUCCUGAAGGGGGCUCCAGCCCUCGGAAAGAGGCUCCCCUCGUCGGGUAUGGGGGGAGAGUUUGGUACUCUGGACUGCCCCAGUGACUGCCCUAGCUCUUACUCUGAGCUGGAUGAAGAUGAUGAUGAUGGAGAUGAAGACGUAGCACGGAGGAGAGCAGCAGCGGCGGGCGCAGGACGUUUCCUCUCCCGUCUCUCUGUUUGCUCCUCGUCCUCUUCCUCUUCCUCCUCUUCUGGCUCCCUCUCUUCUUCCUCCCUCUGUUCUUCCGACUCCUCUUACUCCUCUGAUGAAGAAGAAUCUUCAUCCCUCCUUCUCCGCCGAGCGCUGCUCCAACAGCAGAAACACAAACACAAACAGAGCUUGACGUCUAACACCUUAACCCCUGACCCCACCACAAAGCCCAACCCAAGCCCCGCCUCGGCAACACCACACUCCUACGUUGCAAAGGCAGCCAUGUCCGUCACCGGGGAGUCAAAGGUGAGAGGAAGUGAUAGAGGAGAGGACAGGAAGGAGUACACAUCAAAGGGGAGGACCAAUAGUAGCAGCAGCGCAUCCAAAAGCCAAACCAAGAGGAGAGGUGGACCCGCCUCCAACACACACACUCUGUCUCUCAACACACACACUCCGACCCCCAACACACACAACCCGGCCUCCCAGCCCAAACCUCCCAAGGACCACCCAGUAGAAAAGAGACAGAGGAUGUUGUCACCGAUCCCCCAUCCUAAUAUGUCCACCCUCCUGCCGGGUCGCCAGCUGUGGAAGUGGUCUGGAAAUCCCACACAGAGGCGUGGUCUGAAGGGUAAGGCCCGUAAGUUGUUCUACAAGGCGAUUGUGCGUGGUGGUGAGACGGUGCAUGUGGGGGAUUGUGCUGUGUUCCUGUCCCCCGGUCGGCCCCAGCUGCCCUACGUGGGGCGGGUGGAGAGCCUCUGGGAGUCCUGGUCCUCCAGCAUGGUGGUCAGGGUCAAGUGGUUCUACCAUCCCGAGGAGACGAGCCUGGGGAAGAGGCACCAUGACGGAAAGCAUGCUUUGUACCAGUCGAGCCAUGAGGAUGAGAACGAUGUCCAGACCAUCUCCCACUGCUGCCAGGUGCUCAGUCGCACCGAUUACGAGCACCUGAUUCGCCGACGAAAGCCAGGGGGUGGGGCCCAGGAUCUGUUUUACCUGGCAGGGACCUACGAGCCAACCACAGGCCAGCUGGUUAGCGCCGAGGGCGUGGCCAUCGUCCCCUAGCAACAACUAUGGAGUGUAAACAAAACAAAGCCUUAAAGAUGGCCGCCUCAUCUCUCCUGGAUGAAUCCAGGUACUGGCGUCGGUGUCAGUGAAGCAUGGUUCUGUCCAAAUCUAGAAGAGUUUGGAAACGAGGACCUACCUUGGUUCUAGUUCCUGCUGGUUCUGGAUCUUGGUUCUGGGUCCUAUCUGGGUGUGGACGAUCCCAAACCCAAAAGGGGAUAACAGCACUUCGGACCGCAGCACUGAAGUCAUCUGAUCUAAUGUGAUCUGAAGAGGGACUACAGUACUCUACUGACCUUCUGAAACAGACAGUGUCCUCACUACGUCUUGUCUCCAAGAGUUGUUUUACUGUCUGUCAUAGAGUCAAAAACUGUCAUAGACUGACUCUCUGGCAGUUUGUCAGACUGUCAUAGACUGACUCUCUGGCAGUUUGUCAGACUGUCAUAGACUGACACUCAGGCAGUUUGUCAGACUGUCAUAGACUGACACUCAGGCAGUUUGUCAGAGAGACUCCUGUGACUCUUACUAGGUUGUUGCUGUAAGUGAGAAUGUGAUGGGUUCACUUCUCAGUCUAGAGACCUGGUUAUAUAAGAGUUAUAUAGAAGACAUAAAAUAGAGACUGGGAAAGAGAGUGAGAGAGAGGGAGAGCGAGAGAGAGACUACACUGGUGGCUACACUGCUCUGAUGAUAAAUGAAUGGCGGCAGGAUUGAGAAAUCCCAAAAGGACCAAAAACACUGUAGUUCUGAAGUGUGUGUGAGAGAGAGUAUGUGCUGAGUGGUUGUAAUGGAUGCAUUUGGUACUUGAACAGCUGAGAGUAAAUAGUGCUUUAGUGAGUUUGCGUGUGUGUUUGCGUGUGUGUGUUUGCGUGUGUGUUUGUGUGUGUGUGCGUGCGUGCGUUGGUCUCUAGUCUAGACCUCACCAUGGAAACACCUAGAUGUCUUUAACACUCAAAAAGUAAACCUACUAAACCUAAAUCUAUGAAUAUUCAUAUAUCAAUGGAUUUACUAAGCGCUUCUUCUCUAGACAAAACAAGACAAAAAGGAUGAUUAUUUCUACAGUCAAGCCAUACACUUCAAUACCUCUCAUAUCCUCCUAUUCAGGUACAGCUGAAUGAUUUUUCUAUUUCAUUAAGUGUGUUGUACAGCAUUAUGUAUAAAGACUUUAAUAUUCAACUGGACAUAGUAUACAUAUAUAAUAUACAUGAAGAGAGAACUAUAUUCCUCUUUGUUGCUCUUUAUGUUGUUAUUUUUUCAAUGACUGUUGAAUAGUUCUUUUGGCUUAGGGGGAGGAGCUUUUAGACUUCUUCUCUUCCUGCACUGAGUACGUUGUGGAGAUGGGAUGGGGUCCAUGAGGGGUAAAGCUGUAAAUAUGCGACAGGGGAUGGGUUCAAGUCCCAUUUUGGGGGUUAGGGUGGAUUUAGUGACGGGGGAUGUUUUUAUAAAAAAAGUGGAAAAGGAUUUUUUUGUUCACAUCAUCAUUGGUCUGGUUUUGUAUAUUGUUCUUCUAGGUUUUAUUGUCUAUUAUAAUGUUGCUUAUUCUCCUGUGGGGGUUUCAAAUCUAGAUUUCUUUGUUUUUAGAAAUACUGGAAAGAGUUUUUUUCUAUUCGCUGAUCCUUAAAGAUCCAGACUAGAGAGUUCUAGAUGUUCUAUAUCUAUAUAUUCCUAGAGGAAAUCUAUGUAGGUAUUUAUCUGGCCUAAAAGAAAUACUAAACCAAAGCGCAUCUAUGUUUCGUUUCAUCACAUUAGAAUGCAAUAUGAAGAAAUAUAAAAAUAUUCAAUAAAAUCUGAAUUCGGGGAUCCCUGCAAUCAUAUUCAAGUAGUACACCUGGGUUCCCCCUCCUACCUGUUGGCAUAGGACAUGGUUUAACAUUCACCACCAUGUUGCCAUGGGAACACAGCAACUUUAUCUUCCUGCACGUAGCUUGGCUGUUGCACUUGAAGGCUCCAUGACAACCAUAUGACAUUGCAUGACUGUGAAGGACAAUCAGAGCCAAUCAAAAGAGGGGAAUGUCAAAAAAAAAAAAGAUUAAGGAUCCAAUCAAAAUUGUGCUUAAUCUUGUCACUUUUCUUCCUGCUUUGCCAAAAAUGUGUCCUUCUGUUUUAUUUUUAUUACACCUUCACCCUUUCCUGACAGUUAUACAUGCCUGGGAUGACUGUGUUUUCAGUGUUGGGGUUUUCACAAGGAGAACAUGAAUGCCUUUUCAUAUGAGACAUACAUCAACUGACUUUUAUAAACAACAUUGUUGCUGUAACACUACGACGCAAAAGCUUAAAAUAAAUUUAAUGUGAACAUCCAUGUUAUGUUACUUUUUGUAGGUCUUUAAACAAUAUUUUAAAAGCUGUAUUUUCUUGAAGAAACACUGGAUUCAGUUUUAAACAUCACAUUGGGUGAAGUGACAUCAUCUUUGCGCAACCUGUUUUGAGACCCACUGGAAACGACUUACUUUGUGGGGUUGAUAUAUAGUUUGUGACAGUUGUCUCAGUCAUCGUUGGAAAUAUGACUAAAAUAUUUCCCCUGUGUAAAAAACAAAGUUAUUUAUCUUAAUUUUAUUGCCUUUCUGUUGCAUUUCAUUAAUUAAAAAAUGCUUAAAAUGA